GCCCCGGCCGCCCCUGCCCGCGCGCCCCGCUCUCUGCCCCGGUUCCUGGUUAAGAUGGCGUCUCCCGCGACCGUGCACGCCGGGAAACUUCUGCGAAGCCCAGCACUCCAGGCCCGGUUCCUGGCCGCCAGGUCCCAGGCAAUUCAACUAACCUCCAGAAGAUGGCUGAACCUUCAGGAAUACCAGAGCAAGAAGCUGAUGUCUGAGCAUGGAGUGAGAGUCCAAAGAUUCUUUGUAGCAAACACUGCAAAUGAAGCACUGGAGGCUGCUAAGAGACUAAAUGCCAAAGAAAUUGUUUUAAAAGCACAAAUCUUAGCUGGAGGACGAGGAAAAGGUGUCUUCAGUAGUGGUUUGAAAGGAGGUGUUCAUUUAACUAAAGACCCUAAAGUUGUGGGACAGCUGGCUAAACAGAUGAUCGGGUAUAAUCUAGCAACUAAACAAACUCCAAAAGAAGGUGUGAAAGUUAACAAGGUGAUGGUUGCUGAAGCCCUGGAUAUUUCCAGAGAAACCUAUUUGGCCAUUCUGAUGGACAGGUCCUAUAGUGGCCCUGUGCUAGUGGGCAGCCCCAAGGGCGGUGUUGACAUUGAAGAGGUGGCAGCUUCCAACCCAGAACUUAUCUUUAAGGAGCAGAUUGACAUUUUUGAAGGGAUAAAGGACAGUCAGGCUCAGCGGAUGGCAGAAAAUCUGGGCUUCCUUGGGCCUUUGAAAAACCAGGCUGCAGAUCAAAUUAAGAAGCUGUAUAAUCUCUUCCUGAAAGUUGAUGCUACUCAGGUGGAAGUGAAUCCCUUUGGUGAAACUCCAGAAGGACAAGUUGUCUGUUUUGAUGCAAAGAUAAACUUUGAUGAUAAUGCUGAAUUCCGACAAAAGGACAUAUUUGCUAUGGACGACAAAUCUGAGAAUGAGCCCAUUGAAAAUGAAGCUGCCAAGUAUGAUCUAAAAUACAUAGGACUGGAUGGCAACAUUGCCUGCUUUGUAAAUGGGGCAGGACUGGCCAUGGCAACUUGUGACAUCAUUUUCCUCAAUGGUGGGAAGCCAGCCAACUUCUUGGACCUUGGAGGUGGUGUAAAAGAAGCUCAAGUAUAUCAUGCAUUCAAGCUGCUCACAUCUGAUCCUAAGGUUGAAGCCAUUCUUGUCAAUAUUUUUGGUGGUAUUGUCAACUGUGCCAUCGUUGCCAAUGGGAUCACUAAGGCCUGCCGCGAGCUAGAACUCAAAGUGCCCCUUGUGGUUCGGCUUGAAGGAACUAAUGUCAAGGAGGCCCAGAGCAUCCUCAGUAACAGUGGACUCCCCAUAACUUCAGCAGUGGAUCUGGAGGAUGCAGCCAAGAAGGCUGUGGCCAGCGUGACAAGGAAGUGAUGCCUUCAUUCUGCGCCCCAGGAGAAGGGAUGGUUCUCUUUUCACUGUGAAGAAAUGGCUCUUUCUCAGGAAAGGCUGGGGGAUGAGCAAGAAUCACUGUAUAAAAAUCUGAAAUCUGACUUUUCUCAACUAAGAUAUCUAGGCUGCCUGAAUCUGAAUUUACUUAUAUACCUUUAUAAAAACAAUGUCCUACAGUUUCAUACUUUUGUCAUGAUGAGCUUGCUCAUUGAGCAGGAUUUGCCAACUUUGGAAGCAGUCUGUGUGGCCAAAUAAUGUAUGUACAGGAUGAGAAGACAGAUCUGGGCUCAUUCACAAGAACUUUGCUGCCAUUUAAUCCUCUAUAAUAGAAAAAUCACAGCCCAUAAAAAAAAUCUCAGGAUUAUAUUUAACAUAUUAACUACCAGAAGCCAAGGUAUUUGAGCAAAUAGCUUUUGAACACUUCAGCAGGUUUUAUAAGUUCCUAUUUACAGCACACUUAGAAAAUCCAUAACUAUUCUAAAAUGUGUCUUCAAAUGGAAGCUCCACAUUAUUAUAUUGUGCCUGUAUUUUACCAUUUGCCUUAAUAUUGAAAAUACUGUUUACCUCACAUUAAAAUUAAAACCUGAAGCCUUACACAAUUGUGACUUUGCAGUAAAAGAUUUUAAUUUCAGAACUGAGGACUACUGGCUGGUGUGAAAAAGUCUUUGUUAAUUAAGUCAUAUCGUGAGCACACAGCUCUGAAGAGCACACUGUGUUCACAGUCAGAACCUUCUUUCUCAUCCCCUCACCCCCAGUGUCUACCCGCUUGUGGCAGAAAAUUAAGAAAAUAUAAUGGAGGCAAAUGCAGCUUGUUUCCAUAAUGUCCAUUUUGUGGUGGAAAAUUUGUUAGACUUUUCUUUAAACUUUGGUAAAUUUUUAUCUAUAUCCAAAUUUAAAUAAAAUUAUGUUUUAUAAGCUCUAA